AUGUCUCAGCGCCUUGUGGACCGUAGGGUGUGGCUGGUGCAGCGGAUCCACACCCACAGGCCGGUCGGUGAGCAAGCGGUCGCGCUGUCUCGCGUCUUCUGCACCCUAGCCCAGCCCGAGGCUAAGUUGACUCUCCCACCGCGCCUCAGCCUGCGGGGCCAAGCGGGGGCAACUCUGCGAGGCAGCGGCGGCAGCGCAUCGGCUCAGGCCAGUCUCGGCGGUGCCUUUCAAAUCGGCCGCUCCCUCACUGCCACUGCAGGCAGCACACAGCACAGGCACGGCUCUCAAGGCUGGAAUCAAUCGGAUCUUGAUUGCCAUCUCGGACCUUUCUUCGCCCGUCGCCAUCCAUCAUCCCCGCCCACCGUUCCAUCUCCAUCAUCACCCUUCCUGCUUCAUCCACCACAUCUGCCGCAUGACGCACUGGAUAUAGCACCCCGCUACAUCUCUCUUACACCGCCAUCACCAUCAGCGCACGACUUGAUCUUGGCUCGGAGCGUCAACCUCUACACGCACGUCCGCCUGUCUCGAGAUCCUGUGCUCCUGCUCAUCCUCGGCAGUCGAUCGAUCAUAGCUUCGAGCAUACGUCAGGCUCGCCGGCCAUCCUACCUAUCGAGCACCUUUAGCAUCGCUCGCUACGCCGCCGGUCACUGCACGCUUUCCCCGCUUUAG